AUGUGUGGUGCCCUUAGAAAGCCCAAGGGCACAGCGGCCAGAGUCCACAUUGGCCAAGUUGUAACAUCCAUCUACACCAAGCUGCAGAAUGGCGAGCAUGUGAUUGAGGCCCUCCACAGGGCCAAGUUCAAGUUCCCUGCCGGCCAGAAGAUCCACCUCUCCAAGCUUUGCCGAGUUCCUCUUGUCACUUCCUUCAGCGCCUUCUCAGAGGGGGAACUGGCAAUACUGACCAUGCCAGAUGCUCUUGGUGCUGAGGUGGAAAACUCGGCCUCUGCACCAAUGUGGAAUCGACUCUUGGAGGCAGAGUUUGGGCCCUUGCUCACUGUUAAAACACAGCCAGCCGUUCAGUGGCAGAAAAGAUGUGAGGAUGACGUGGGGAGUAGUUCUAACCGAAUGAUCCCAAUGCCUCAGCACUCCACGUUCAGAGUGCUGGAUCGGGACUCAGCCAGAGAGGGAGUCAGUUACGCGCACCCUCGCUUCCAGCUCAAGGGCACCAUCCAGGAGCCGCUGCCUCUGCAGGAUGGGAAGUGGGCCAGGAAGACAGAGUAG